AUGAAUUUUUACCGUGAUGCUACCUGGGUACUCGAGUACGUGGAACAGGAGGACGAAAAGGGUAGACUCUCGGGGUCCAUGCAGACGCUGGUGCUCAAGAGUUGUCAGAGAUACAAGCUGAAGAGUGAUCCUAAACAUCUUUAUGCAGUUGUGGAUUCAUGCUGGAGAUAUAAGGCAUUGUUGGAAAAGAUCAUGAAAAGAUCUAAGAUUUAUGACGAUAUUCCUAAGAAGAAAGGUAAACCAAUUUAUUCGAGAUUGACUUUGUUACUGAUGUGCCAUGAUUUAUUAAUUUCGAAGCAAAAGAGGAUACAGAUGGGGAAACUACCUAUUAAAGAGUAUGUGUUAAAGCAUAAAACCAGACUUAAUAGUGAAUUGGUUAAAUUGAAGUUGAAGUUGAAGGUGAAGAGCCUGUCUGAAAUUGUGGACAAAGAAGACUCAAGUAACGAUGUGACGCCAGUGAGAUGGAUAAGAAUAAAUCCGUUGAGGUGUCCCAAGAAUGACGUUGAGCCUGUUCUGAAGGAAUUGAUAAAGAAGUUCCCUCAGAGGGUGAGUCAUUGGUCCGACAUUACUUCCGGUACACUUUACUAUGAUGAGUUCGUACCGAACCUCUUCGGUGUGCAUCCUAGGGACAAGAUUACGUCGCACGAGCUUUAUCGUCAAGGAAAGAUCAUUAUUCAGGACCGAUCAUCCUGUUUCCCAGCGCAUAUCUUAAACCCAGGUAAAAAUGAUGUAGUGAUUGAUGCCUGUGCUGCGCCCGGUAAUAAGACGACUCAUGUUGCCGCUCAUAUAUUACCUGAAUAUACUAGGGAGCAAACCCCCAAGAUCUAUGCUUUCGAAAAGGAUCCUGCUAGAGCCAAUAUCUUGAAGAAAAUGACAAGUGUUGCCGGUUGUGGCCAGACGGUCGAGAUCCAUGUUGGAGAUUUCACCAAAUUGGCAGUACCAGCGAACUUUAAAGAUGUAACGGGCCUUAUCGUUGAUCCAAGUUGCUCCGGUAGUGGCAUAUUUGGUCGUAAAUCAGUUGAUUCUCACAACGUUGCCAAGAAGAAAACGGAAACUGAUAGUGAAAUUCCUGAUGAAGAAGAGAAAAUGGUUGGCGAUGACGUGGCAAACCGUCUCAGUAAACUGGCAUCAUUUCAGUUUCAGGUUGUUAAACAUGCUAUGAGUAUGCCAAACGCCAAGAAGAUAGUCUAUAGUACCUGUUCGAUUCACGCAGAAGAAAAUGAACGAGUUGUGAUAGAUCUUUUGCUUGAUAGAAACAUUAAAGAAUGGGGAUGGAAGGUGGCUUCAAGAGAGGAAGUGAUCCCCAAGUGGCCUAGAAGAGGUAAAGUGAAGGAGUUUGAACAAGUCUUCAGGGACGACCCCGUCAAGUGCAAUGAGUUGGCGGAUGGUUGCAUAAGAGCCCUACCACAAGAAGAUGGCGGCAUCGGUUUCUUUGCCGUUUGCUUUAAGAGAUGA